UCCUGCUCAACAGCAGCAGCAGCAUGUUCCCCAGAUUCCUCAGCCUCCUGGGUCUUGGGUUCUGUCUGGGCCAGAAGAUCUGGACACUUGCAGGUGGGCAUGACAAGCCCUCCCUGUCAGCCUGGCCAAGCCCUGUGGUUCCCCUAGGAGGGAGAGUGACUCUUCAGUGCCAUUACCAUCCUCCGUUUUCCUCAGUCAAACUAACAAAAAUAAAGGGGACCUCCCCUGAGCCCCGGAGAGAUCACAUCACCACCUUCACCAUGAGCCCUGUGACCAUAGAGCAUGCAGGAUCCUACAGAUGUUUUGGACGCCACAGCCGCACAUCUAAUUGGUCAGCAUUCAGCGACACCCUGGACAUCGUGGUCACAGGUGUGUUAAAAAAACCAUCCCUCUCAGCCCAGCCAAGCUCUCUUGUGAACGCAGGAGAGGCUGUGACCCUGCACUGUCACUCAGAACUCGUGUUUGACCAGUUUAUCCUGUGCAAUGAGAAGGAUACAUGGCAUUCCUGGCAGGUUGUGGAGAAGCUCUGUGCCAGGAACAGACAAGGUCACUUCUCCAUGGGCCCCAUGACACCUGCACAUACAGGGACCUACAGAUGCUAUGGCUCUAGUCACUCCUCCUAUGAGUGGUCAGCCCCCAGUGACCCCCUGGAGGUCAUGAUCACAGGAAUGCAGAAGAAACCCACUCUCUCAGCCCAGCCAGGCCCCACGGUGAUGUUGGGGGAUAAUGUGACCUUGUUCUGCCACUCUGAGAGUCGAAAUGACCUGUACCACCUAUGCAGGGAGGGUGAGGCCCAUGGGUGCUGGCUUGCUGGAGGACAGAGUCACCAUGGUGUGUUCCAGGCAGACUUCCCUCUGGGCCCUGUGACCUCAGCUCACAGAGGGACCUACAGAUGCUACAGCUCUUUCAAUCACUCUCAUGUAUGGUCACACCCAAGUGACCCACUGUGCCUUGCCAUCACAGGAUCUUCUACAAGUACUUUCCUCUCACCCACAGAGUCAAGGAUGAGAAAAGAGGCAUCGCCUCCUCAAGAAAACUCCAGCAAGCUGUACAUUCUCAUUGGACUCUCCGUAGCCUUCCUCCUCAUUGGUGUUUCCCUCGCUGCUCUCCUGUAUUACUGGUGUUUCAUCAAAAAACGUGCUGCCUUGAGAGAACCAGAGCCCAAGGAAGACCAGAUGAUGAAUGGCGAGGACCCAGCAGCAGAAGACACACACAGUGUGAUAUAUGCCCAACUGGAUCUCCAACAGAGAGGACUCACGCCGUCUUCCCUGAGUACUAAGGAUGUUUCCAAUGAGCCCAGUGUCUACAUGGAAUUCAGGGUAAACCAGGCCCAUGCUGAGGCCAGGCCUGGCCCUGGGCUCUGAGCACAUACAGUGUUGCCAGGCAAGGACCGGGGUCUCUUUCUAGGAGGAGACCCCCCAGGAACACUCUUCCUUCUUCUCAAACCCAGCCUGACACCUCCACAUAACAGCAGAAGAACUUUGGGCUUGAAGGAGCAUCUUCAGAAUCACACAACCUCUUCAUAAUGGCUCAGCAGUUGUAGGACUGUGGAAACUACCCAACCACAUCCAGAGACAUUAUGCACUCACCUGUACAUCCUGUGAAUCUGAUCACUACCACCCUACAUUUUUCUGAAAUUCUACUAAACCAAACUCUACAGAGCCUGAUGUAUGUACUCCGCCAG